AUGGCGGGAAGCGAUUCGCAGAAGCAACUGCUAACUCUGAUUCGUGACUUUGCUUCUGAAAAAUCUCAAGGAGAGCGAAGAAUCUCGAAUCUGAAGAACCGAAUUGGAGAGCUUCGAUCCGAGAUCGAGUCUGCGACUGCGAACAUCGAAGAAGCUAAGCAGAUCAAGGAAUCAAUAGAGCAAGAGCUUAAAGGAUAUGAAGUCGAGUUGGCCAUGACUGAGGCUUCAAUCCAAACCCUGGAGGCGAGGAUUGCUUCUACUCAAGAUGAGAUAUCAACCAUUGGAUCUAAUCUCGACGCUCUUAAGAAUGAAGAAGGUGCAACAAGAGAUGAUUUCAUAAAGAGAAUGUUUGGGCUCAAUGAAGAAAUAAGGAAACUCUAUGAGUCAAUAGCCUUAGCUUUCAGCCAAGAUAAUUUCAGUCAGACAACAUCACACUCUGGUCUUGAAAAGUCCAAUGAAGAAGAGACUGAGCUAGCUAAGAGGGAUCUUGAGAAUAAGCUUGCUCAACUAGAUAGUCAGAUCACUAUGGAGGAAGAAGAAUACAAAACAAUGCAGAAUGUGCAUAAGCAGGUUCAAGAGGAGUUAUGUAUGGUGGAAAGGAGAGCAUUGCUGAUGGAUGCAACAAUGAAAGUAAGUGCAGAACUGCAGGAGUUGAAUAAGCAGAGUUCAUUGUUGGAGAAUGAAUACAAUUCCCUCUGUGAUGAACUGCAAAGGAAGUCGUUAUGUCCUAGAUGCCAUCAAGACAAUUCAGAGGAAUUGGGUGGUUAGAUCUGUGUUGCCAUAAAGAGGUUUGAUCUGUUCUGUACAGUUGAGACUAGAGAGUUUUGAGUCCUCUGAUCUGAUCUGAUCUAUUCCCACAUAACUAUGUUGUGGCUUUGAAGACCAUACUUAAUAUCCAUUAAAUGCAAAAUGCCUGUUACGUUGCUUUGAGA